AUGAGAGAUAUGAGCAGAGCGGACAAAAAUUCAAGCAACAGCACCGGCACCCCCAGCAGUGAUAACGAACAAAAGAACAACGACAAACCAUCAGCUAACGUCCCCGAGGAUUUAACGACGAUUACCAAGAGCAAGGCUCGCAGGCUCAAGCGAAGGGCGGCGAUCCAACAGUUGAACAUGGGCGACGACGAACCCCCCAAGAGAGGUGGAGAACGCGAUAUCGAAUUAAUGAGACACGUAAAGAAGUCCUGGUUCCGAUCCAACGGCUAUGGGUCAAGCAGCACAGGACCAUUUACCAUCCCCCGUGGGUAUCCUGGCUCUGUUUCUGCUGAUCCGAGUGCAAAUAUUCCUGAGGGUCAUCACCCGGACAACCCUCCUCGGGCAUCCGACGAGACGGGGGGCAAAACAAAGCGGACUAGGAAGAAGAAGGGGAAGGGGAAGGGAAAGGAAGGGACGGGCAUGCAGCAGGAAAUAAACCAUGGGAUCUUCCGCCUUGAGCAAAGGAAUGCCUUAAUAGAGGGGUAUUCGUUUCUUAGGGACGACAAGUCGCCGGGCCCGUUUUCGGACAGCAACAAACGCAGUGCUUCCGCACCACCCAGAAUUAUAGGCUUUGAUAUCCUUAAGGAUGGAUCUGAGGAGACACCUGAGAAAAUGCCUGCAGGGAUGUCUGAGGAGUCUGGAGAGGUGUGUAAGGACAUGCCCAAGGAGGUACCCAAGGAGGUUCCAGAGAACAUGCCUGAGAAGCCAUGUGACAAGAUGGCUGGGGGGACGGCUAAGGGAACAUCUGAGGGGACGGCUAAGGGGACAUCUGAGGAGACGUCUAAGGGGAUAUCUGAGGAGGUGUGUAAGUUGCCCGAGGAGGUGCCAGAGAGAAUGCCUGAGGAGAUACGUGAACACUGCGAGCAAACAACAUUCGAAAGCCACGGAAUUGUCUUUGGGCACUGUUCGCCCGUACUAAGGAAUGCAGUACCCUUGCUAGAGGGUUCUCUCUUACCUGAACUUUUGUCCUCGCUAGCCGUGCCCACGAGAGAUAUUGGCCGACAUGCUCCCUUCGCCCAAGUUGUGCCAGAGCAAUCGGUCAUCUAUCCACCGCCACACUUUGCUCCGGCUCUUCCUCAGCAGAAUUACCAAUAUUCUCACUUGCAUGGACACCAGAAUGGAUAUUAUUAUCCGUAUUACCAGGGUCCAUACCUCAGUUCCUGGCAUGCUCCUUAUCACUCACUAUCAAGGGAUCCAUCCUAG